AAUUAAAAGAGAGAUCCGUUCGUCAAAAAGGUCACCCCUAAUUUGCGUGAUUUGUGUUUGAAUUUUCGUACACCUGUCUUCUAUCCCCGCACACAAAACUUAGUUGGUUCAGUGGUGAAAACAUUGGAGGAAUAACCAAGAUUUGAAACAUGCAGCGAUCGUGCGAAGGUUACGGUCCAUGCGUGUUGAACUAAUUAAACUUCUAGUGCGCACGAGUAUAAGACUUAUCAUUAUUGGAUUAACAGAGUCACUGUUAUUUACAUCAUCUCAUAUGCCUUGUCGGUCGGGACGUGGAGUGCUUGGGCAUUUAACAUUUGGGAGGAAUAUAUAUGAGGCGUUGCGUUGGAGCCAUUCCAUUACGUUGUACGUACGAUAGUACUAAUUAAUAUUGAAGACAAUUGUCAUGAAUUUCACAAAUUGAAGUGUACGUUUGAUCUUGUUGUGAAUGUAAUUGGCCAGCGCGCGAGGCAUUAAAAAUGGGGCGGGCGCCGCAGGAGAUGUUUCCAAUAUUCAUAUUAUUGUUGUUGUUAUCACUGCUGGAGAGUGGAGCUGCUGCUGCCGGAGGUGGCCUUGAUUACCAUGAAGCCCUCAACAAAGCCAUCAUCUUCUUCGAGGGCCAAAGAUCCGGGAACCUCCCCUCUUCAAACCGCGUGACGUGGAGGAGGGAUUCUGCACUCUCCGACGGUUCCUUCCAACAUGUGGACUUGGUGGGAGGGUACUAUGAUGCCGGAGACAACGUGAAGUUCAAUUUCCCGAUGUCGUACACCGCCACCAUGUUGUCGUGGAGCGUGCUGGAGUACGGCCGAAAAAUGAAAUCGCUGUCGGAGUUGGAAAAUGCUCGGGACGCCAUCCGGUGGGCCACCGACUACCUCCUCAAGUGCGCCGUUCAUCUCUCCGCCGGGAGGCUCUACGUGGGCGUCGGAGACCCCGGCCAAGACCACCUCUGCUGGGAACGCCCCGAGGACAUGGACACCCCACGGACCCCCUACUGGGUCACAUCCCACACUCCCGGCUCCGAAGUCGCGGCGGAAACCGCUGCCGCAAUGGCCGCCGCAUCCUUGGUUUUCCGGCGAUCCGAUCCCGCGUAUUCUUCAAGGCUCCUCAAAACUGCAAAGCAAGUGUUUCGUUUUGCAAAUUCGUAUCGGGGCUCCUACGGAGAUUCACUCCAAUCUGCUGUCUGCCCUUACUAUUGCUCCUAUUCCGGAUAUCAGGACGAAUUAUUAUGGGGAGCAGCAUGGCUGCUCAGAGCAACAAAUGAUCUCAGAUAUCUCAAAUUCAUAAAGAAAAUUAAAGUCAAUGGAUUGCCAGACCUAUUUAGCUGGGACAAUAAGUAUGCAGGGGCGUAUGUUCUUCUCUCAAAGUGGGCUGUGGUGAAAAAAGAUGGAAGGUUUAAUGCAUACAAAGAGGGAGCAGAGCAUUUCAUGUGCGCCGUUCUCCCCAAACACCUUUCCCCUGCCUCUACAACCACAUACACACCAGGUGGUCUUAUGUACAAGUUGCCUGAAUACAAUAUGCAAUAUGUGACAUCCAUCACAUUCUUGAUGACCACCUAUGCCAAGUACAUUGCAUCAACAAAGACGCUAUUUUAUUGUGGAGACAACUCUAUUACUCGUCAUACUCUACGCAGCCAAGCAAAAACACAGGUGGACUACAUUUUGGGCAAAAAUCCAAAGCGGAUGUCAUACAUGGUCGGAUUUGGGGAAUAUUUUCCGAGAAGGAUCCACCACAGGGGGUCAUCAUUGCCUUCUACGGCGGCAAAUCCAAGUCAUUUGAGCUGUAACUAUGGCUUUGAGUAUUUUUACCAUACUUCCAAGUCCAAUCCCAAUAUCUUAACUGGAGCCAUAGUCGGGGGUCCAACAAUAAGAGAUGAAUUCAUAGAUGAUCGUAUGAAUUAUAAUCAGUUAGAACCUAC